AUGGAAAUCCCCCGUGUGUGCUCCUCGCUCGUCACAGAGGGAGGCUCCCUCGAGGUUGACGGCGAAGGCACCCUUCUGAUCACGGAAAGCUCUGUUCUCAAUGACAAUCGCAACCCCGGCCAGAGUCGCCAAGACAUCGAGGCAGAGCUGGCUCGGACUCUCGGUAUCAAGAAGUUUAUAUGGAUCCCCGGACGCAAGGGCCUUGAGAUUACGGAUGGCCACAUCGACGGAAUUGCGCGCUUCAUGGCUCCUGGGCAUGUUCUCCUUAGCAGACCCAGCGAGCUUGACGACAGUGUCUGGACCCGAAUUUACGAGGAAGCCUACGACGUAUUGCGCAACAGCACCGAUGCCAAGGGUCGCAAGCUUCAAAUCACGGAGAUUACGGAGGCAGACAUGAAUCACAUCGGUCUUGAUGAAGAGGAGCUCGACGACAUCAACGCAGGAAAGGAGGACGCCCCCGCUCUGACUUAUGUCAACUACCUACUUGUCAACGACGGGAUCAUUUUUCCUCAGUUUGGAGAUAAUAAGGCCGAUGCGGCGGCCUUGAAAGUCAUUCGAAGCCUGUACAAGGACCGCGAUGUGGAACCUGUCUACAUUCAGGAGCUGCCCUUCCUCGGUGGCGGUAUCCAUUGCUCUACGCAAGAGGUUCCCGACCCUGCAAGCUAA